AUGGUCACGACUGAAGCACCUUUCUUCCGAUUUGAGAGGACCCACUCCACCACAAGCCACUGCCUGUGGGAUUCACCGGAUGGAUUUUCCCCCCCGCGAAGCUUCGCGUCCCGCGCCGACGCCGACGCCGAGCAGCAGCGCCCACUCCGCCUGAUCGCCCCUGGCCAGUCUGGUCUUAAGCCCUUCACUCAGAGGGUCCAGGAGUACACUUUCCUCAUGUAUGCUACCCAGUGCAGAUGGGGUCGAGGAUUUGGUCUUUUGGGUUCCAUUUUUGGAAAGGAUGGUGUAUUAAACCAGCCAAACAGUGUCUUUGGACUUAUAUUUUAUAUACUACAAUUAUUACUUGGCAUGACAGCAAGUGCAGUUGCAGCUUUAAUCCUCAUGACAUCCUCCAUCGUGUCUGUCGUGGGGUCUUUGUACCUGGCUUAUAUUCUGUACUUUGUACUGAAGGAGUUUUGCAUCAUCUGCGUCGCCACAUACGUGCUGAACUUCAUUCUUCUUAUCGUCAACUACAAACGACUGGUUUACUUGAAUGAAGCCUGGAAGCGACAGCUGCAGCCCAAGCAGGACUGACCGCCUGACAGACUCCUCCUGACAGUAGGAAGCCCCUUUCUCCAUUAAGUUUAUUUUGCAACAGUUUUGGUUUUAAUUUUUCACAACAGACACUUUCCCUGAGAAUCUUAAACUGAUUUUUUAAAAUACUAUAAAUUAGAAGGGGCCCUAGUUAUUUUCUGUGUCAAUCUUCAUUUUAAAUAUGGACACAAAAAAGGAUAUGCCAAGCCAAUCAAAGACAAGCUUUAACUUUACUUUGAAGAUGUUUCUGAUAUAAUAAAAUGUAGCCCUAGCCCCCUUUCCUCAGUGAGCAACCAUUGCUAGUAAUUCUUUAAUGUGUAUAAAUUCAAUUUCAGGUAUAACAAAUGUGAUCAUGACAUGAAAAUAUUUUAGAAUAGAUAACUAUUAAAUAUUGCCAUGUUUACAAUAUGUAAUAUGUUCUUAGCUGAUGGAUUGAAACAUGUAGAUUCAACUAGAAUCCAUUUAUGUGAUAUUUGUACAUACAGGUAGACAUACUGGAUCCAUCUCUGCAGAACUUACUGUACAGUUUAGGUGACGUGUAGCAGUGAGGAAUGGUCAGCGCGAUGCUGACUGACAAAGUAGUGAACUAGUAAGCCUGUACUGAGCAUCUUGUGGGAAGUACUGGCAGCCGUAGGUACAGCAUCGACAGCAAAGCACCAGGGGUGGGUUCCCCCAUCUCCCUGUUCUGAAAGGAGAAACUAUUUGAAUGGCCAGGACAAGUUUGGGUCCAUCAUAAAACUGGAUCAAUUGCAACUUUACAGAAUGAGUCCAAGAACUAAAGGACACUGAAGUUGGGAAACCUGGCAUAUUCUUUUGAGGGGAAAAAAACUGGAAAUAUCAAUAUGACAUUUUUAGGUAAAGGUUCUCACAACAGUUGAAUUUUCAUUGCAGAUAUUUUUCCUUAGUAUUGAUAUUGGUGCCACUCAACCAAACAGUAUUAUGAUAAUAACCUGCGUAAGCCUAGUCGCCUGAGAAGGUAGGAUUGCUGUCUGGUACCUCCAUAGUGUUUUCCCUAAUUGUUUCUUUCUGCACUAAGGAUUGUUAGUAAUUAUUUUAGAAUCAAAUAUUGGGGCUGUAAACGUCAGGGCUUACGUGCCGCUCCGUUGUUCCAUUGGGAGAAGUCCUACCAGUAGAAGUAUCUGAAGGUGAAAUGCAGACAUGUUGUCACUGCUGUUUCUGGCAGUAUGAAUUUUUUGAGAUUUGAAUAAACCCAAAUGAAAUUGUGACAGUAUGUUUCUAUGGUUAACAUCUAUCAGAAUGUUAAAAGUGCCUUCUGUCUUAAUCUCAAACCAAAUACUUUGUGCAUUGAACUUGGACAGAAGUGUCCUUCCUUCCCACGAAGCAGAAAACUUGCACUCUCCAGAAAGGUAGUGUGAUCAUUUUAUUCCUUAGACUGAGAAGUUGUAGCAGUGAUUUUGCUUCCAAUUAAUGAUUAUGUUUCAAAUAGUCAAUUGGAUUGAUAAUUUUUGAGUGCUUUAUUUGCCUUCUCUUUGAAGGGAGGAGACAGGCUCUGCUCUAUGAACUAAAACCUGUAGAGCCAGCAGUUGUUUGUAGUUUACAACCGUCAUACAGUUGACACAUUGUAGGUCUUGUGGUCCAAGGCAGGCAUAAAAUCUGAAUUGUCAUGAAUUUUUAAUGGAUUUUAACCAGUUUCUAAAAAUGCUUAAUUCAGAUUUCAUCGAGGCUUGUUUUCCCAUGAAUGUGAAUGUUUCAAUGCCUGUCUUACUCUGUAUGUAUUGUUCCUGUGUUCCUAAGUAGUUAACUCUAGAAAGUGCUGAGUGUCUGGUGUAUAUGGAGAAACAAGCUCUGUGUGAGAACUGUACAGUAAAGUCGUCUUGUAGCCCAGUCCCGGUUCUACCAAGGCAGUUGACUAGUUCUCUUUUCUAACUCGAGAGGAAACGGCUUCACAAUGGAGAUGUCUGUUAUUUUAUAUACAUCACAGUUGUGCUAAACAAGUUCCCCAUGUCCCAAUUUCAAAUGUUCCUUCAUCGUAUUUUGUAUUAAUCAGCAGAGUAUAGUUAAAGCUUGUCUUGAUGUUGCAUUCUUGCAAAUUAUCUACAACUCUUACAUGAGAAAAUACAUAGAAAUGUUCAGCCAGACCCUUCAAAUUUUUCCUUCGCUUUCCUAAGCCUUGGGGGAACCACUGUUUCAGUUAUAUAAAAUUUUUUGCCACAUUCCUGUGACCCAGUAGAAUUCAUACCCUUUUUCUCACUGAGAUGAACAGGUGCUGCCUGGAGUAAUAGCACUUCCUGAAAUGCCAGUAUCUCUAUAAGCAACAGAAAACCCUGCCGCGUGCUGUGUGCUCUUCUGCCCUGGAGGAUUUAGGCUUCCUCUGCACCUUGGGUUUCACCCAGGACAAGGGAGAGACACCGCGAUAAAACCUGAAGACCAUUAAAGACUUUCAGACUGAAUGGUUAAACAUUGCAGCAUUGCUAGCCACCAGUGUUGAAGAACACUUGAGGGGCAACUGGUUCAAGCAGUCAUUCCAUGCUUCACGUUUCUGAAGUUUGCAAUAAAUUAAGCAUAUUAAGUCGUAAAUAUUUGAAGAAGAGAAGUUAUGGGAGUUAUGUAAGUUCUAGGGAGUCUAGGUGGCUUGGAGGAUUUCGUUUGGUUUUUAUCGCAACUAGUUGAUGUCAGUGAGGGUAAAUUUCUGAAAUAACUCAGGUUUACCUAGCUAUGUGCCAGGAAUCACUCUGACUUGAUCUAUGUAGCCUCUCCUUAAUUCAUUAUUUUUAAAGAAUACUGAAAGCAUUGACUAUUUUCAUACAAAGAGACAAAGAUUUUUCAUUUGGUACAAAGGAUCUUUGGACCUACAAAAACUCUAUUGUUUUUUAUUUGCUUGUUUUUCACUUAUAUUUAUUUUUGAAAGACUAUCCUUCAAAAAGUGCAAAGACAUCUUGAGCAGUUGCUUCCCAACUAGAUGGGCUGCUCUGCCUGGUGCCGGUGAAUGCUGACAGGCGAGCCCAACUGCAAAAUCAGGGUUGGAUGAACGCCUGACAAAGAGCCCCACUGUUCUUCCCUGUACCUGUUUGGGGAGCUGUACCCAAUAUGCGACCUUUGUCCUAUGCUGACCUCCAGCACGCGAGUAUUGGUGAAAUGUUUCUACUUAGAUAUUGUGGGCAGCGCUUAUGAAUCCUAACCUGUGAGAACUACCCUUCAGUAAACCAAAGGGCAAGGGUAGAGAAGUCCCAGCUACUUGCUUAACAUCUUUUGGACAAAUUUGCCCAGAAAAGGUGAGAUGUUUUGUUAUCAAACUGUAUUGAGCAUGGCCUAAAUAUUAGGAGUAUGAUCUGUAUAGUAUGUUCCAUCGAAUAUAUUUAUUAUUAGUGCUUUAAGCUCCUGAGUAAAUGUUCAUUUAAAAUGGAGUUCACUGGGCAGAUUUCCCCUUUAAUAUAGAUAGAAAUAUUCUUUAUCAGAGAUUUAGGAUACCAUUUUGCUAACUGGUAAACAAAAACAAAUGUAAAUAUGUAAGAAUGUUUAUUUGUUGCACAUAACUUUUUUGGUAUAAAAUAAAUGUAGAAGUUACCUGUGGAAGUUGUGCUGCCAUCAUUCUUCUACCAAAGUAUUUAGCUUUUAAAAAGAAACAGAAAUGAAGUCUUUGGAUUCCCUAAGGACCUUAAAACUGUGCUUGAAGUUGGUAUCACAAUUUCAUCCCUGCAGCGUGAUUCUUUUCCUUUUCAACCAUGUGUAAUUUACGGAAGACAGAUUUCCAGGAACUCUAGUUCUUGGAGUUCCCAUGGGUUUAGCAAAUGUGCGGAGGUCAGGGAUAAAUGCGAGGUGUCACUGCUUCCACAGAACGUUCUAAGCAGAUGUUUUCCCGGAGCUUUCUUUUAUCUCGAGUGCUCCUUUCUUAUGGUCCUAUAAAGAUGAGUGUUUACUUUGUGGAAUAGAACACAUAUAUUCUGUGUCGGAACCUUAGGGCCCACGAUAUGGACUUCAUUCCUCAUUUGUAGAACAUCUUUAAUAUUUUUCU